UGAGUUAAAGACACAUUUUGGGGAAAACAUUAACUUUACAAAGAAGGCUUUUAUGUGAAGUCACAGAUAUUGCACAAAAUAAAUGAAUUAAAAGGCAAAAGAAGCCUCUGCUCUGUUUAAUUCAUCAGUACAGGCCAGAAAAAGCUGUAAAAAUGACUGUGAUGGAAAACUUCAUUAUAAUUUUCAUUAAAGCUGUUCAUCAGCUCUAUGCUCUGUGGAGUUUGGUCUUACACUGACAGCAUUUGAACUUAAAUCCUCCAUAAAUCUGAGUUCCGCUUGUUCUUUUUCUUUACCAUUAUUGCAGUUUUUUUCAAAUAAAUCAAACAUUUGGUUCUAUCAGAGACUAGAAGCUGGCUUCACAUUAAGUGAGGUCUACCUGCUGAAGUGAGUCUGAACGCUCUGGAAGCUGCUGGUGCACCUUUCUUUUCAGGUCUCCGUUCAAUAAUUCACGUUGUCACAUCGGUGCCACCUACUCCCUUUUCUUUACUGCACAUGCUUACGGGCUCUUUCCAUGAAAACACCACGACAAGGGGGGGAAGCAGAUCCCUAAUGAAUGACUGAAAAAGAGGAAAGAGGGGAGCAGAGAAGGAAAGACGGGCGUUAUCACUUUUUGAACUAGCAGCAGAAAGACCGGCUCUGAGCUGCAACGGCCCAGGAGAAGGUUUUCAACUUUGAAUGGGAGUACACAGAAGUUUAUUCAGCAGAUGACAUUGUUUUUCUGGAUUCUUUUUAUUUAAAUUAUUUCAUAUUCAAAGUAAUCAUCAUGUCAGGAAUCACUAGUGACCAGCUGCACAAAUCAACUUUAAAUGUUUACUCAAAUCUCAUGGAGCACUUCAACCCGGGUCUUGAGAAGCUGGUUGCUCUUGGAAACAGCUACGUUCGAGCUUUUCAAGCCUUAGCUGUGUCCAGUGAGGCCUACUUCAGUGCUGUGGCAAAGAUGGGCGACCAGGCGCUCCACACACUGUCAUCGCGCUCGCUCGGAGAUGUCCUGAUCCAGAUCUCAGAAACCCAGAGACGACUCACUGCAGAGAUGGAAGGGGUGUUCCAGUGGUUUCAGGUUGAGGUGUUGCAAGCGAUGGAGAAGAACGUCAAGUUGGAUGAAGAAUACAUUGAUGGUAGUCGCAAAGUGUACGAGAUGGAGGUGAGGAACCAGGCCGAGUCUUUGGAGAAGCAACUCAGACGUGGAACGUUCAGGGAUUCUUUGGAGAACAGUGACUACAUGGUGUACCUACGGCAGAGCCAGCAGGAGAUCCUGAAGGAGGAGCAGAGGAGGUAUCGCUUCCUGGCAGAGAAGCACUGUGGACUCGCUCAGUCUCUGCUGUUUCUCAUUAAUAAGACUGGUGUGUCCCUCCAGCAAAAAGCUGAUGGAUGGAAGGAGAAGGUGAAUGAGAACAAGGAGUCCACUUCUCAAACAUCCGCCCAUUUAGAUCAAGAAGCACAGCUCCGAGGUUCAGUGACAUCUCUGCUGCAGACAGUGGCCAGAGAUGAGGACAUGUCCUGGGCCAGGAGGGAGCAGCAGGCGCUGGGAAGAGUGCCCUCUAGAGCACCGUCUCCUCUCCCCAGCCGCUCUCGCUCCAGCUCGGUUGGAGAAUCUCUGGGUUUGGCAGCGGGCAGAACCAUGAGAGCUGUGGUGUCUCACCCAUCUUCUUCCAACCCAAAGCUCUUACCUUUCAACAGGGGAGAAACCAUCAUCGUGCUGGUCCAGGAGCCUCGUAACGGCUGGCUGUACGGGCGCACUGAGAGCACCCUGCGGCAGGGUUGGUUUCCUGCUGCAUAUGUGGCUCCAAUUGAGGAUUUCACCAACACUUUAGCUACCAGCGGUACUUCUGUCCGGAGCUACAGCAUGAACAGUCUGCUGGACUCUGACUCCCACGCUGAGCACUCAGAGGUCAAGAGCUAUGCAGACGCUCCAGCCCCGACCCCGACCCCAGCCAGCCGCAGAGCCUCUGUGGACGUCCGAGCCAUCUCUCCCCUUCCUGACAAGAAGCUGGAAGCUCCGAUCGAGACCAAGCCUCCCCCUCCACCACCUCCUCCACCCCCUCCACCCAACCAGAACCUCCGAAGGGGCUCGGCGGAUGUCCGAUCCAUCUCUCCUCUGCCUGACAGGAGGAGCGACACUACAUCUGAUCCUCAGAAAUUGUCACCCAUGGGAGCAGCUGAAAACCCUCUUUUUCCAAGGGGCACAAACCCGUUUGCCACAGUAAAGCUUCGUCCCACAACAACCAAUGACAGAUCUGCUCCUCAUAUUCACUGAUGCUGAGGGGGGGCAGGCAGGCUGCGGAGACGAGAUAUGCAUUUUUUGUAGACCUCUCUUGACAUUAACAAAGACAAGCUUCUGGCUUUGUGCGCAGGAAUUUUAGAGAAGUUUUGUACAUCGUGAAGUUUAACACCAAACGCAGAAAAAGAAGUGAUGUUUUAUUUCAUCUACUAAACAUAUUUUAGAUGUUUUAGGAAUUCUUUUUACAGAUAUAACGCUCUGUUGUGUUUGUGUCUUGUGUUAAAAAUAUUAAUUACAUGGUUGUUUGGGUAAAACUGGAAAAGAGGAGUAACAAUGUCUCAUUUGUUGUCUGUCGGCUCACUGUUUAUUCUUUUUAUUGUUCUAAUGGUUUGUAUGAGGCUGCAACUCAUUACUCCAUUGUUUCUUUAUAUGAGAUUUGUAUUGAAACCAUUGACUGUAAAUGAGAACUGGAUGUGACAUCAUCCUUAGAAAAUGGUUUACUUUUGGCUCCAACAAAAUUAAAUCAAUUCAAUCGCCAUUCAAUUGCAAAGUUUGAGUUGAGAUUAGAUUCAAACCUCGAUUUUUGGAUCUUGGUUUUGCUUUGGUUUGAUAUAUGAUUUGUGUAUUCCAAAACAACAAAAAAAAAGAAAGGAAAAAAAAAACUGAAAUAAUAGGAAAGUGACAGUGAAGAAAAAAACUUUCACUUGGGUCCUACUAAGUUUGAUCUAAUGUAAUAAUACAAUAAAUGCAAAAUCCUUAAAUUGUUUUCCACUGCUUACCAAUAUGCUGGUAUGCGGUAGGGGUGCAAUAAUUCCCUCUUCCCACAAUUUGUUUAGCAGUUUUUGAUCAAGAACUGUGGCUUUCCUAGCGCUAUGGUAAGCAGUGAUUGCUCUGAAUCAGUCUGAAUCAAUGUUUCUAUGGCAACCACUCUCACCAAUCACAAGUGAGCUUGUUGGAAAGCCACACCCCUCCCACUUGAACACAAGCUCUGGAGAAUCUGUCAAAUGCUUCAAGUGUUUGAUGUGGGACCACAUAUUUUCAUUGAGGUACCUGAUUGGUCAGUUUAUAGCUUCCACUACAGAAAAAAAAGAAGAUUAUAAAAAACGUAUUAAAAAAGGAAUCAGAGCAAGAUUGGUUAUCGUGACAAAUGUACUGACUGAGUAACAGAUGUUUAUGUCUAUAAAGAAAUCUAAAGGAUUUUUUUGGGGGGGAGCCAGCAGUUGCUUCCUGUUUGUAAUGCGAGGGGGAGGGAUCACUUAAUCCAGUUCUCUUAUCCAGUUGAUGAUUUAAACUCUAGUUUUCAUUAUUUUCAUCCAAAGCAAAUAAACAAGUUUAUUUCGCACA